AUGCGCGUCCCUCCCGCCGCCCCCGCGUCGCCACCGCCGCCGCCGCGGCCGCUGCGCGUGCUCGUGAUCACUCUCGAGUUCGCGGCGAGCACGUUCAGCGGGAACGGCGUGUACGCGCGUUCGCAGGCGCGCGCGCUCGCGCGCGCUGGGCAUCGCGUCCUCGUCGUCUCCGGACGCCCAGACGACCUCGACGACGCCGCCGCCGAAUCCGCCGCCUCCGAUCCCACCGCGGACGACGACGACGCGAGCCGACCGAUCGUGCGGACGGUGCCGGUCCCCGCGGCGACGUGGGGGCGGCUCGACGCGUCGUGCGGGCACGCGGCGUUCGCGUCCGCGGCGGCGGCGUCGCGCGAGAUCACGCGCGCGAUCGCGUCGCACGCGCCGGAGGUCGUGCUCGGCGUGGACUGGUCGUCCUACCCCGCGUGGGCCGCGCUCCGCGACGCGCUGCCGAGCUCGAUCUCGCAGCAGCCUGUACCGCCGUUCGUGUACUCCAACUUCCGCGUCUUCUCGCGGACGGACGACGCGCGCGGGACGCAUCGAGCGCUGGAGGCGGCCGCGGUGGCGGGCGCCGCCGCCGUCGUCGCGCUGUGCGAAGACGACGCGGACUUCGUCGCCGCGCGGCUCGCGCCGCGCGGCGCCGCGGUCGCGCCGUUCGUCGUGCUCCCGCCGCUGCGCGAGGACGUCCGCGCGAUGGCGACGGAGAUGGCGAGUGAAGAAGAAGAAGAAACGCAUGGAGAUGAGGCGUUACCGCGACGACGGUACGUGACGUGCGUCGUGAGGCUCUCCCCGGAGAAGGAGCCGGAGCGGUUCGUCGACCUCGUCCGCGAGUUACGCGCGCGAGGAACCUUCGACGACGAUGGACGUAACGGCGACGACGCGUGCGUUACCACCGCUUCCUCCUUAACGCCCGUGCUGUGCGCGUCCACGAGCGGCGCGUACGCGGACGACAUCCGCGCGAGGUUCGUCGAAGCGUCCGGCGGAAAGGGAAAAGUCGUCGCCGACUUUGUGGACGCGCGCGGGCUGCGCGACGUCUUCUCGAGGACGACGCUCAACGUCCAUCCGUGCGCGAGAGACGCGUACGGCAUGACCGUCGUCGAGGCCGCCGCGUUCGGCGCGCCGUCGAUCGUCCAAGGCGGCGGGGGCGUGGGGUGCACGGGCUUGGUCGGGUUCGAGGACGCGUUCGUGCGCGCGGAUUGGACGGCGGCGGCGGCGGCGGAGGGCGGCGGCGGCGGCGUCGCGGGCGUCGCGGACGUCGCGCGACGCGCGCUCGCGGACGCGGACGCGCUUCGGGCGAUCGCCGCGCGCGCGAGGACGGCCGCGCUGGCGUGGGACGAGGCUGCGAACGCGUCCGCCGUCGCGGACGUUCUGAGGCAGGUCGUGGACGCGCACGGUGCGAAUGAAACGGUCAGAAGGUGGACGUUACCGUCGGAGGAGGAGCAAUGCGCGCUCGCGCCGAUUUGGGCGAAUCCCGCGCUGUCGAUUCUCGUGAACGACCACUGGGUGACCAUACGACGCGCCGAGUCGACGGAUACUCCGACGGAUAUCGGCACGGAUACCGUAUUGCCUCUCGGGACGUACGUCGUCCUGACCGCCUAUAAUCCGAUGGGAAAGCGGACGGACGACGCCGUCAACGCGGAGAGGCACGCGCGGCUGCGCGCGCGGCUGGCGUCGUCGUCGUCGCCGGCGCCGGCGCCGCGCGCGGUGUUCCAAUCGCGCUCCGUCGACCCCACGGGCGGCGCGGACGCGUGGCACGAGCCCGGGGUCGCGGUCUUAUUGCCGACGGAUCCGAGCGAGGCCGCCGCGGUGCGCCUGCGCGCGAUGCGGCUCGCGCGCGGGUGCGGGCAAGCGGGCGCGUACGAAGUCGUCGUCGGCGGCGACGAAAAAAACGUCGACGUCGCCGCCGCGGUGGUCGCGUGCUUUCCCGGGUUGGAGACGCUGACGUGUGAAAACGUGCGGAUGCGCGUGAGCGACGUGAUGAAGGCGACGAUAGAAGAGAUAGCACCGUAGGUUAGGUAGUUUAUUUACGUAGUGCUUAGUCUGCUGUCC